AUGAAGUUCACAAUCAUAUCGACGGUUGUAGCCUUAACGAUGGCCACUUCAGUUCAAAGCAAGGCAUUGAAACCCGACAUUUCCGCCUAUGCAUGCCUGAAUGCGAACGAUAGGACAAAGGGAAUGUGCAUCCUCAAGGGAGGAGAUAAGAAGAAUCCCACGUAUUUUCUCAACGACGCCCCCAUUACGCCUGAUGGUAAAAAGUUUAGCUGUGUGGGUGUGAAGAUCAAUAACGUGCCUGCGACAGAUUUUGGCUGUUGUCAAAGACGCACUGCUCCGACAAAUCCCGGGAGUACUGCUGCAGGUGGCUCAACAACCGCAAAUAAUAAGGGUUUGAGCGACCAGGAAUAUCGCAAAGUCUGCACAGGUCCUGAUACUUCUUACCCUUCAAACGAAAAGGGUCGCUGGGGACACUGA